UCGCUCAGCCUCAGUCACGUCUCAGCACGACACGACAGAACCCCUUUUUGUCAUUGCUCUUUGAACAAUCUAAAACAACCCUCACAAUCAAAAUCCAAACAAACUCAGCUCCUUACAUCAACUAGCUCCUGGAAACUAGCCGACAAGAUGAAACGAGACAACGACGACACAUUAUCGACCUUGGGCAGAAAAGAUCCUUUGGAGGUUGACUGGCUCAGCCAAAAACUUCAAAAGCUGCCCUUUCCUCCUAAACGGCAAAGCAAAAACAACACGUUUACCAUCAUUACUUGGAACAUUUGGUUUGCUCCAUAUGAAUGGGAAUUGCGAUUGGAAGCCCUUCUGUCCGAGUGUCUACAGCAGCAUCCAGAUGUUCUUUGUUUCCAGGAAGUAACUACCAAUGUCCACCGCUGCAUGCUGAACUGCCAAUACCUCCGCAGUCGGUACGAGCCCACAGAAUUGAGUUUGCCUCAUGGGUAUGACUGCGCCAUUUGGAUUCGAAAGGAUUCCAGCAGGUUGGAAGUAAAUUCGACGAAUACCCUGCCAUUGGAGAGCAUUUACGGCAGAAGAGGGCUCUUGGUAGACCUCGAGGUGGCAUCAUCGUCUUCCCGCAAGAAGAACGACACUCCUGCCAAGAUCCGAGUGGUCGCGACACAUUUGGAAAGCGGGAGGCACAUGGAGAUGACACGAAGGAAACAGCUCGAUGCACUGUUUUCCGAUAUGAAAGAGACUCCGUGUGGUAACACGAAGGACAUCAAGCCCCAUGUGGCGUUUCUGGUUGGCGACUUCAACUUGGAUCCGUCCUACGCCGAGAACGAGGUGGUGGACGCCAACAGCACUGACUUGUGGAAGCUUCUCAAACCAAAGAAUGAUCCAGGAUACACGGAAGACACCUAUCAGAACCAAAUGAGAUUUGAGGCCCAUGGCAAGCACAAACAAGUUCGGUAUGAUCGCAUCGUAAUGAUGGAUCUGGCUGAACACUCAAUAUCUCAACCUAUGCAAGCUCCGCCCAAAUACAUGUGUGUUCCGACCGCCAUCGAGCGUCUUGGCGUGGAACCUUUUGACAGCGCCAAAACUAUAUGGCCGUCUGAUCACUUUGGGCUCGUUGCUGUGUUGGAAAUGGAAGGAUAGUAAGCGGAAGAUAGGGUGAUGAAGAAUCGAAUCCAUAUCGCACCCAAAUGUGCAUACUAUACCUAGCUCUUGCCGUUGUCCAGCUGCCAACCUUCAUAUUCAACAUGUACUUAUAUAUUAGUCGUAUUCAGUGCGUUUUGGCCCCA